GGCGAGAUCAACUGGGAUUGCCCCUGCCUUGGCGGCAUGGCCCAUGGACCGUGUGGCCAGCAGUUCCGCGACGCAUUCUCCUGCUUCGUCUUCUCAGAGGAGGAGCCCAAGGGUAUCAACUGCGUCGAGAAGUUCAAGGCGAUGCAAGACUGUUUUAGGGAGCAUCCGGAUGUAUAUGGUGAA